AUGGCAAUUUAUCAUAAUCCAUUUGGUGACGAACUUCCAAAUGCAACAAAAGUAUACAAGUUAUCAAAACAAGAAUACGAUACUUUGUUGGAGGCUAUAAAAAUUGGGUCAUUUGUUGGUUUUGUUGCUGGUGCUCGCAUAAAAAAAUUUAGGCCUGGUGCAACGAUAUUAACAUGUUUUGUAACUACGCUGAUUGGGUCUACUAUUGGAAGUGUCAAUGGAACGGUUGUAGGUUAUAGAACUAUACAAACAUUACCAAAUAAACAGAAUGUUUAUACGAUAAUAAGAGAUUUACACCAAGAAAUGUUAAAGAUGAAAUUACCACAACAUAGCAAGAUCAAAUUAGAAAAGGAAAAGACAGAUCAAGCUACUAAUGAUGGUAACAAUGAUAAAUAUAAUCAACCUGACAUUUUAAAUACCACUUUAUCAGGAAGUUAUGCUGAAAUUGAAAAUAAUGAUUGGAAUAAAACUGAGUCCACAAAUUCAAAACCACUAUCUUCAUGGGAUAGAAUUCGUGAAAAGGUUAAAUUAGAACAACAGAAAGCAAAACAUAAACAGAAUAUAAAUAAUAAUACAACAGAAAAUCUUAAUAAUGAUAACUUAUUUUCAAGUUUUCAAAAAUCAUAUACAUACAAAGAUGAUAAUAACAAUAAUGAUUAUGAUUAUGAUAGUAAUGAUAAUGUGAAAAAAAAUCAACAUUAUUUUCCAAGAACAACUGAAGAAUUUAAUAAAACUGGAAAUAAAAAUAUCAAAAGGAAUGAAUACGGUGACAUUAUAUAA